AUGUGGCAAGCACCCUCAUCCCCAAGGCCACACAUACAAGUAUCCCGUCAGUUCCACAUCUCACUCACAAGACAAAUUAGCUCGAUCGAUAAUCUGGAAAAAAAGAAUCCCAAAAAAUGUCCGGAAGAGGAAAGGGUGGCAAGGGGUUUGGGAAAGGGUGGGGCCAAGCGCCACAGGAAGGUGCUAAGGGACAACAUCCAGGGCAUAACCAAGCCGGCGAUCCGCCGCCUGGCCCGCCGCGGCGGCGUUAAGCGCAUCAGCGGCCUCAUCUACGAGGAGACCCGCGGCGUCCUGAAGAUCUUCCUGGAGAACGUCAUCCGAGAUGCGGUCACUUACACCGAGCACGCUCGCCGGAAGACCGUGACAGCGAUGGACGUGGUGUAUGCGCUCAAGAGGCAGGGCCGUACGCUGUACGGCUUCGGGGGCUAG